AUGCUAGACAUUCCUACAAUUGAUCUAAAUUGGUUGAGGUAUGUAGAGCAUGCCAUUACUGGUGUCGCUGAAGCUCAUGAGCCCUCUAUGUGUGUUGAUGGAUACCUAGUGUGUUUUAGACGGGUGUCCCACCCAUACAUCACUCCAGCUGACGAUGAUGACCGAUCCAAUUUUGCACCGUGCAUGAGGCGACACCUUCCGGAUGACAUCUCGGUGCCCCCAGUUCGUCGUAGAUGGACGCCUGAAUAUGGAUUUUGGAUGCUGCAGAGCAUGUUAACCUGCCGAGACGUUACAGAGGGCAUUGUACCUUAUCAGCGUACUUCUAAGACACUACAAGUUGCUCGUAGAUCCGUUGAGGAGUAUGAGGCUAGUACUACUAGAGGUGCUCGUCAUACAGGGAUCAAUUCCGCUAAACUGACUUUGAUCAACCAAUGCAACUACACGGUGUGGCCAGCUCUGACUGGUAACGUCAGUCUUUCAACCACGGGGUUCGUUUUGCCAAGCGGCGAAAAUUCCAGUGUCAAUGUACCCGUGAAUUGGCUGGGUCGAAUCUGGGGCCGUACACUCUGCACCACCGACUUAAUAACCGGAAAGUUCUCUUGUGCUACCGGCGACUGCAGUUCUGGCAAGAUAGCAUGUAAUGGAAGUGGAGGCUCUCCACCGAACACGCUGGUGGAGUUCAGUUUAGACGGCUUCAACGAUAUUGACUUUUAUGACGUGAGCUUGGUGGACGGGUUCAACCUGCCCCUGAUUGUUGUUCCCAUAAGUGGUUCCGGCAGCAACUGUAAGAGCACGGGGUGCGUGGUGGAUUUGAACGCAGUGUGUCCGGCGGAGCUAAAGGCAACCAGAAAUGAAGAAGUGGUGGCAUGUCAGAACCCUUGCAGUGCGUUCCAAGAGGACUAUUUUUGUUGCGUCGGGAACCGUUCCUCGUGCGAACCAAGUGUGUACUCCAAAAUAUUCAAGACGGCAUGUCCGCAAGCCUACAGCUACCCACAGGACGACCAAACCAGCACCUUCACCUGUCCCAAUCCUGUAGACUACAACAUUGUCUUCUGUCCUACAUCUACCAAUGCCAGUCGAAGGGUUGGUGACUCACUCAUUGCUGGUAAUGAGACAUCUACAUGGCUUUCUCCUUCAGGUGAUUUUGCAUUUGGCUUCUACCAACUUCCUAAUGAGCUUUUCUUACUGGCUAUAUGGUAUAACAAGAUACAAAAUAGGACCAUCAUUUGGUAUGCAAAUGGAGACAACCUUGCUCCAAUAGGAUCAAAGUUAGAACUCAACGACUCUCGGGGACUAGUACUAAAAAAUCCGGAAG